CACGAACCCAACAAAAAUUAUCCAUAUAAAUCGAAAUGCUUAAAGCGGUUUCAUUACCAACCUCUUUUAUAUUCUAAAUUUUAUCACUUCACACACCUCCAUCUCCAGCGCCUCGAUCGAUUUCCAGGUCCAACCCCUUUUCAUCUCUUCACUCUAUUGCGCCAAUUGCAGGAAUCUCACCAUUGCUGCUUCAAAAGCUGCCGCUCUAUCUUGCCUUAUCACCUCUAAGAACCACCCACUCAAUCUAGUUAGCCCCAAAUUUCGUGAAGGGGUUUUCUGAGAAGGGACGAGAGAAAGGGGAAAGAUCUCAUUUGGACGGGUAGGAGGACCGAGGAGCAGCAUUGGCACAUGAUGUCAAGAUGGAGGAGAGGGUUCGAGGAACAACAUACUUUGUCUGAAAGGCUAUUUUCUAAUUGCCCUGUUUUUGAGGAUUUGCUUAUGAACAAAUUAUAAGCGAGAGGAUGACAACGGCAAAUUAUGCGUUUCUAGUUCUUCACUCAAGAGGCUGACAAUAAAAUCCACAUGCUUUGGGUUCCAUAACAUUUUUGAGAUUGUGAUUAAUGCCCCAAAUCUUGUCUAGAUACGAUCCUUGUGAAGCAAACUCUCUUGUAUUUGAAAUUGUGCAGUCUCUUGCUGAAGCCAGUAUGUAUUUCGACAAACAUUUGGAGGAUUAGAUUUACCUUCAAACUGCAAGUGAUCUGAUGAGAGGGAUAGUCAACAUCAAGACACUUCAUCUAUCUUCCGAUACUCUAUAUUAUUUUAAAGAGACCAGUGUUCCAAUCCCUUCAUUCCAUGAUUUGACAAAUCUGAGAAUUUCGUAUCGUGAAUCUUUUGGCUUGGCAGGACUAGCUAUUGGAUUUUCUUGCAAGAUGUUAUUCUCUAGAAAUACUUGUUUUGGACUUGCGCACAGAUUAUGAUCCAGAUUGAAGAACCAUUUAAGUGGAAUCCUGAUCACUGGUAUGUGCUCCAGGAUUAUUAUGGAGUCAGUUAUUUAUUGAUUAACCUCAAUACAAUUGAAGUUUUAUCAGUUACACCUGGGGUGAAGAUCAAAUAGAAAUGGUUUUGUAUUUUCUUGAACGUGCAAGAGUUUUGGAGAACUUGAAAAUUCAAAUUCACGCAAAUGAGGAAGAACUGGUUAUGAUAGCAGAAGAGUUAUUGAUGCUACCAAGAGUCUCAGAAAAAUGCAGAGUCAUUAUGGUUUAGGUAUCUUUGUCUCUUUCUGGUAAGUUGAACCGCCAACCAUUGCUUUGCUUCUAACUGGAUAUAAACUGUUGCUUUCUAUGUAUGUAUUGUCUUAACUGUGAGUUCCCUUUUAUCUAACUGCAUAUCCAAAACUACUUUUAUUCUAAUAACGGCAAUUUUACCAA